AAAUAAUUCGCUGUAUCACGAACGAACAAGACCUCAUUUUCCUCGACUGUCUUUCUUUUAGGCGUGGCGUCGUUAGCGAGUGGUUGUGUGGUGUUCGGAAUUUUAAUAACUGCGUCUAAAAUCAAUAUCUCAAAGUAUUGUCAUAAUUUUAAAAUUAAGUAGGAUCCGUUUAGGACCCUUAUUUUAUCUAUUUAGUUUAACUAGGACUUCAUAGUACAUCAUGAGGCCACAAAACGGAGACGACGGAUUCGAGGAACCCGAAGUGCACCGCAAAAUUUUCAUUGGCGGUCUUAACUAUAAAACGACUGAUGAGUCGUUGAAAGCACAUUUCGAGAAAUGGGGCGAAAUUGUGGAUGUGGUGGUUAUGAAAGAUCCCAAGACUAAGAGGUCGCGUGGUUUCGGAUUUAUCACAUACUCUAAAGCGCACAUGGUGGAUGAUGCGCAGAACCACAGGCCGCAUCGUAUCGAUGGGCGUGUCGUCGAAACAAAGCGUGCCGUCGCAAGGCAAGACAUUAAAAACCCAGAGGCUGGAGCUACAGUAAAGAAACUGUUUAUUGGUGGUAUCAAGGAUGAUCACGACGAGGAACAGCUCAGAGAAUACUUCUCUAGCUAUGGAACUGUACAGAAUGUUAGCAUCGUCACCGACAAGAGUACUGGCAAAAAGCGAGGAUUCGGAUUUGUUGAGUUUGAUGACUAUGACCCAGUUGACAAAGUUUGCUUGAAUGGACCCCACAAGAUCAAUGGAAAGCAACUUGAUGUCAAAAAAGCAUUGCCCAAGGAUGGACCUGAUCAGAGGGGAGGAAGACAGGGUGGACCCAGAGGAAAUGACAGUUGGGGUAAUUCAGGUGGAUAUGGCAACAACCAGGGUGGAUGGGGCAAUUCCAACCCUUGGGACAACAACCAAGGUGGAUGGGGUGGCAACCAGGGAGGUGGAUACGGGGGUGGCAAUGGUAGAGGAGGGUGGGGUAACCAAGAUUUCGGUAACUAUACCCAGCAGAGUUAUGGUGGGGGACCAACUAGGAAUCAGGCUUAUGGCAACAACAGGGCCGCACCAUACAAUAUGAACCAGGGUGGUGGCGGCGGUGGUGGCGGUGGCGGCGGCUACGGCGGCGGCGGCGGUGGCAACUAUGGGGGUGGCCAGGGCCGCGGGGGCAGAUUCUAAUAACGUUUCGUGCUAAGUACACUAGUAAAGCAGUGUUAACCGUGCUAGUGUAGGCAGUACGCUCCGGAGCACUAGAUACACACCUCAUGGUCUACAUGCGAGACCACCUAGAAGCCCUCAGGAUACCGAUAGAACUGUAGCUGGAGCUCUUGGCUCAUUAAGUAUUUAGAAGGAAGAAUAGAAUAUAUCUUUAAUGUGAACUGAAUUGUAUGAUGGUCUUCUAUUUAUUGUAGUACUUAGGUACUUAUCGUGACAUACUUUAAGGUUAUAGAUUUGUAAAAUGAAUUAGUUACUUUUUUACGAAUAAUUAAGUACAAUUUAGGCUAAUGUUGUAUAACAAAUCCCAUUAAAUAGACGCUAGGUGAACAGUAACAGAGUAUAGUUGACAUAGGUAAUUGAAUCAUGAUUAUUUGAAUUUUCUGACUUUACUCAGUAUUAAGUUCUCAAAUAGCUGUUAUGUCGAAUCGUACGCAUAGAAUAUAAUAUGGACUGUAGGAUAAUUAAUGUAAAAAUAAAUUUUAAUAAAAAUCAGUAGGGUUGUUUCUUUAGAUCUGUAAAUAUUCCUUAUUUUUAUUUUGUCGGCAUUUUAGAGUUUGUGCUCUGAUGCUUUACAAAGAUGUUUCCUAUGUAAAGCAAAUUUUGCUGACUUAUUUAUGUUGGUUUUGUAAUGUAAAAUUUAAUUACAUUUAUAUGGAUAGUUCCCAUGAAGUAACUUGUCAUUUUGGAAAUUGUCUAGUCUCGUUUUACUUAGACCAUUCUCAACUGACAGUGUAGUUUAUGAUUGCUAUGAUAUAGGUGUUUACAUGUAAUUUGUGUACGUCUACGAUAAGAUAUUAAAAGAUUUUAUUAGUCGUAUGAUGA